CUAAACCGCGAAUAUGCAGGUUUCCCCAUGGCCUCCCCAUUCCAUUGCGAGCUCCCUGAGAACAGGGAAAGGUAUCCCCCCCUCUCAGUCUGGGGGCUCUCCCAGAACGAGAAAGCGAUUUCCUCAAACGAGUAGCUGCUCUUUGAGGGCCUGGACUUGUUAUCUCCACCAUCAGGCUGAGAUUCUUUCUGAGGGUGGAAGUGCUUAGAAUGGGUGAGGUUGUGCCUCCUCCAUCGUACCAGGAGAUAUCCCAGUGAGUGCGUGUGGGGUGGAGGAAAGUGGGUUUCCUGUUUGAAAUUAUCGUCUCUCCGACCCAGUCCCGGAGCCCAGCAAGCUCCGAUAGCUGUUCCACCCUCAAGCUCAUCUCCAGCCGGUCGGCUCUAAGUUCUGCGAGCUCAGCUACCCAACGUGUUCUCCGAGGGGGCGAGCCAAGGCCGCUUCCGCCCUCUUCCAAGAUGUCCACCGCCGCCUCUGUGACAGGCCUGACCACGUGAGCAGCCUCGCCUAUGAGGUCGCCGGGGCUGUGACGGCGAUUGUCCCUUCUCGGGCCCCGCCAGUGAGCGACUGCCCUUGUCAACCGGAGCCUGAGCGAUCAUGGCAACCGGCUCGGGAGGGGAGCGCGCGGCAGCGACGGCAGCGACGGCAGUUUGGUCGGGGGCCGGGGCGGCGGAGCGGCGGCGGCGGCGGUUCCGUCACUGGCGUUGGCACCAGCCCUGAGGGCCAUGCUGCGGGGCAGUCCCGAGAGGGAGUUGGCGGCCUGGUGGGAGGCGGAGGCCGUGGCCGCGACCAAAGCGCAGGCGGUGAAGGAGCAGGUCCGCGUGGACCCGGGCGCGGCCGGGGAACCGGAGCGCAAGGCGGGGGAGGAGCAGCCCAAGGAGCCGGUCCCGGCGACACCCUGCGCGGCCGAGGAAGGUGACGCUCGCAUUCCCCCGCGGCCGCCGCCCACGCUGCCCGUGUCCCUGGCGAAGCCGGAGCCGGCGUCUGGUCUCUGCCCGCACGGGAAGUCUAGGAUCAAGGGCCGCAGCUGCAAGCGGAGCUCGGGCCAGCCCGACGAGUACUGCUCUCUGCGGCCGGUCACCGUGGACAGCUCCAAGGCCAGGACCUCCCUGGACGCCCUGAAGAUCAGCAUCCGCCAGCUCAGGUGGAAGGAGUUCCCAUUUGGCCGACGCUUGCCUUGUGACAUCUACUGGCAUGGAGUUUCAUUUCACGACAAUGACAUAUUCUCCGGUCAAGUGAACAAGUUUCCAGGCAUGACGGAGAUGGUGCGGAAAAUUACACUGAGCAGAGCUGUGAGAAUCAUGCAGAAUCUCUUUCCAGAGGAGUACAACUUCUACCCUCGCUCAUGGAUUCUGCCUGACGAGUUCCAGCUCUUUGUGGCUCAGGUUCGAAUGGUGAAAGAUGGGGACCCCUCCUGGAAGCCCACUUUUAUCGUGAAGCCUGACAGUGGUUGUCAGGGAGACGGGAUCUACCUCAUCAAAGACCCCAGUGACAUCCGCCUGUCGGGGACGCUCCAGAGCAGGCCGGCGGUGGUCCAGGAAUACAUCUGCAAGCCCCUGCUCAUCGACAAACUCAAGUUCGACAUCCGUCUGUAUGUCCUACUAAAGUCUCUAGAGCCCUUAGAGAUCUACAUAGCCAAAGACGGACUAUCUCGGUUUUGUACAGAGCCGUACCAAGAGCCCAGCCCCAAAAACCUGCACCACAUCUUCAUGCAUUUGACCAACUACUCCCUGAACAUACACAGCGGGAACUUCAUCCAUUCGGACAGUACUAGCACAGGCAGCAAAAGGACUUUUUCUAGCAUUCUCUAUAGGUUGUCCUCCAAGGGUGUUGACAUCAAGAAGGUCUGGUCCGAUAUCAUCUCCUUGGUGAUCAAGACCGUCAUUGCCCUGACCCCAGAACUCAAAGUGUUCUACCAGUCGGACAUCCCCGCAGGGAGGCCAGGCCCCACCUGCUUCCAGAUUUUAGGCUUUGACAUUCUUCUCAUGAAAAAUCUGAAGCCUAUACUACUUGAAGUAAAUGCAAAUCCCAGCAUGAGAAUUGAACACGAGCAAGAACUCUCUCCAGGGGUGUUUGAGAACGUCCCCAGUCUUGUUGAUGAAGAAGUGAAAGUGGCCGUGAUCAGAGACACUCUGCGUCUCAUGGACCCACUUAAAAAGAAAAGAGAGAGCCAGUCUCAGCUGCUGGGAAAGCCAUUAGCCUCAAAAGAAAAUCCUCCACACAGCGAUCUGGCCAGCGCCUCACGGGGCAACGCCAACCCCGACGCCCACCUGCCCUCCAUCUGCCUCAAGCAGGUGUUCCCCAAGUAUGCAAAGCAGUUCAACUACCUGCGCCUGGUGGACAGGAUGGCAAACCUGUUUAUUCGCUUCCUGGGGAUCAAGGGGACGAUGAAGUUGGGACCAACAGGCUUCCGUACCUUCAUCAGGUCAGUGAGACCAGCCCCCUCUGGCUGGGGUUCAGGCAGCCUGGAGACCAGCCCGACCUCUGGCUGGCCCCUUCUCCCUGACUGCCCCUGGGAGAAUCUGUGAUGCCAGAUUGGGCCCCGCUGGGCUGGGAUUGGCCCAGCAGCUGGCACUGGGCCUGGCAUAUAGUACACUCUUGUUCACUUAACGAAUUAACGAAUGCUACAGAUGUGACAGCAUUCACAACCUUGUGCUUGUGGUUAAAAGACAAUUCUGUGCUACCUUGAGCAGGAUCCUGAGACCGGAGAUGAAUAAUUGCCCCUUGGACUCAGACAGACCUCAUGCUUCCUAAACUGGGUGAAGUCCUCCCAGGAGUGCAUGGCUGAGCGCUGAGUGUUUAUGAAGCUACAGCAGAGAAGCAGGGCCUAUCUUUCCAAAGUGUCAUUUUCAGGAGAGAAAAGUUAAAUAAUUCAGUUGAUAAAUAAUUUAAUACAUUUAUUCUAGCAUAAAAAUAAUGUGGUUAUAUUAUGAAGUAUAAUACAAAAUUUGCAUGAAGCACAAGACAAAGAAACUGUUUUUGCUACAUCCUACAAAAUAGGCCAUUGCCCCCUAACCUCCUAAGAUUAUUCAUUAACUUGCCUCUACCCUCUAGGGCACUUUGAGGGCAGUACAGUAGCACUUAUUAGCUGUGUGACUUUGGGUAAGUUAAUGACGGUCUCUGAACUUCGAUGGUCCUAGAAAAUGGGGAUGAAGCUACCAGGCCCUAGGAUUGUAUGUUAUACAUCUAGAGAAACUAUCUGCUAGUGUUCAAUGCUGCUGCUGUUCCUCUCAUCAUUGGUUUUAAUAUUUCUAUCUAGUAACUCAAAGUUACCCUCUUCAUAGUUUUAUUCAUGAAGGCAAAUAAUUAGAAGUCUGGAAUUGGAAACCACUUUGUCAUGUGCUUUUCUGUAAGUGAAUUUUAUAAAUUCUAACUCUAGCCCUCUGAUACUCCUGAUAGGAUAGCAUGUGGAAGUAUCAGCAGGAAUUUGUGCCAUCUCAAUAAACCUGAAGUCAUAUUCGCACAGUGAUUCUGAAAAGGACUUUGUGUUAGUUUCAGGUGGAAAGAAAGCCCAGUGGAAAGGACACAGGCUUUGGGGUUUGGCUUCAGAGCCAAGCACAUUACUUAAUAGCUAUGUGGCUUUGAGCAAAUCCCUUGUCUUCUCUGAGUCUCAGUUCUCUCAUCUGUAAAAUGGUAAUCAUCUCUCCCGCCUCACAGGGUUGUUAUGAGGUUGGGAUGUAUUAUAUCAUAAAGGAUCUGGCCCACUGCCUGGUUUACAGGAGCUGUUUGUGAAAUGGGAGGCUUGUGGUUAUUAUUUCCAUGAGGCAGAGGGAAUUUUCAAGAAAGUCAACAGGCAUGUACUGUUACUUCCCUGAGAAAACUACCUAACGUGAUACUCCCUGACUCAGUUAGGAACUACAUUUGACUUGUAGGAAUAGAUACCCAUCUACAGGUGGUUUAAUAGUGAGACUAAUUUUCUCUCAUUUAACAGGAAGCUUGGCAGUGGGGCUUCUAGGGCUGGAUAAUGACUCUGAAAUAUGAUCAACUCCCCAAUUUCUGUCUUUCUGCCUACCCAUCCUGAGCGUAUGCUUCAAGCUUCAGAGUUGCCUUACGGUUACAAGAUGGCUGCUCAAAAUCCAGCCACUAUGGUCGAAUACCAGGCAGGAAAAAGGAGGAAGGACGGAAGAGCAAAAGACAUCAGUCAGAUGCUUCCUUUUAUUUCCUAGUGUCAAUAUAAUUCUAUUAAGCUGUGAGAGAGCAGGGGAGAUUUGAAAAGAUUACAUACUACAAGAAUCACAUCUCGGUUGCCUGGCGGAUGGGGUUGGGGGAGGGUGCAGGCAGGAAGGAUAAACAAGCCAGAGGGUGGGAUCUACAAGGAUGAGGAGGGCAGAACUGUGGCAAAAAGAAAGGUUGUUGGGGAACAGUACCACUGGAGCUUUUGGUUUUUCUAGAGAAGCUAGAAAUACCAAUUUUUAUGUAAAAUCUCAAUGCAUGUAUAUACAGAAUGUUGGUGAUUCAGAAAAUUAUUUGGGGUGCAGUCAAAGCGUGACUGCCCAUCAAGUCCUCCAGUGUGUGACCUGUGAGAGGCUGAGGCAUAUAUUAAGAGCACUGCUAUUCUUAUAUACAAUCUGGAAAAGGAAAUUCUUGAAAAGAUUUGAGAACCAUUCUAGCAAAGAAGGUUCUUAAAAGGCAGUCAGACGGGAACUGGAUGAUAUCAGGGAUAUUGCUAGAACUCUGUCUCUGUGUGAGAGGCUUUAUGAUUCUUCCAUCCCUUUGUUCUCUAAUUAAGAGUGUUUGCAUGAAAAACUUGAAUACGUGAUGUUAGCGACUAGUGGGUCCUGCAGCCAUCGUUCCCAAUCUGUGGCCGAGUACCGUUAGUGGGAGCCGUGGUGACCGUGACAAGUGCGAUGUUUCCAGGGGCAGAAGAGGCGGCUGAAGCAGAAGGACCCAGACAGCGAGCCCCUCUCCCCGCCCUUGGCACCUCGCCCGGCAAGUGUCCUGGGUAAUCAGGGAUGAAGGAAGACACUCAGAACGCAUUGCACAACGGUUAAUACAUUUCUCCUUUAAAAUGUACUAAGACAUCCCAACAGCAACUUUGUCGUAAAAGGUGAUCUUCUCGGCUUUCAGAUUUGUAUCUGAAUAUAUUCCGUCUUGCCAGCCAAAUUUGACAGUGAGCGUUUUCUCUUGCUAACAACUAUUCUCUCUCUCUUUUCCACUUGGGUUUAAAUUUCGCUUCAUUAUGAAUUGAUAAUAUUUGUGCCAUAUGUUAAAUCAAACCAAGUGCCCUUCUCCGGAGCACCAUGCUAGAGACAUAUUUGCUGGCUAGAGAACCUCCUCUCUGAGCUCCCACACAAACGGCAGAAGUUGAACUUGGGUUUCAUGGGUCCUACCCACUCUUCCUCUCCAAGUUCCUGGAAGAGAACUGGAGGGAACAAAAUAAUAAACAUUGCGAUUGAAUUUAUUUCCAGUGACCAUCUCUCACAAUGUGUUGCAUAGAUCAGCAGUUUUAGGAGUGAAUUAUGCUAAUGCAAGUCUGGCCAUAUUCUAUUUUUCUUUUCCACCAAGAAAUGAGAAAUAAUGAACUGUCGUCCUCUUGUCUAGAGUUAACUCUAUCUAACCAGCUUGUCAUGUCAUUUCCUCAGGAGGCACAUAACAGUAGCAAGUAUCACCAUGAAUUAAGCAUCUUUUUGUUUUUUUAAUUUCAUGAUAAUUGCUGAGGUGUGGAGACAUCUCUUUUUCUGAGAAAUGGAAAUGAUCUGCUCCUUCAGUUUGACAGCUUUCUCUGAGGGAAACACAUUUUUGUUAUUUUCCUCCCAUUGCGUUCCUCAUUUGGGGAGCUUUCUGUGUAAUUCACUAAGAACACGUUUCCCAGACGUAUCCUCCAUCGGAAUCUGACAUCAGUUGGCACAGGCUGCAGUUUCCAUUUCCGCAGCCCGAAGAUGAAGCGGUUUGCCAAAACCGGAGUUUAUUUCUAGAAAAUGGAGGCAGCUUCUCCACACCUCGAGUGUUCGCUUCACGCCCGGCCAUUCUGCCUGGAGACCCCCCACUCCGCUCCUCUGUGGUUUCUAAUCCCAGGCACCUUCUAAAUUAGAAAACGGCUUUCUCUUUUGCCUUUUUUUCCCUCCUUCCGCUGCCUUUUCUCGUAAGGAGAUAUUAAUAUGCUUCCUAAUGUGUAGCUGUGGGGGGGGGGGGGUGGUUUCUUCUCUGAGAGGCAGCAGGCUGUGUGAGAAUGUUCUGGAACAGAAGUGUCAAGGGGCCCUGCCUCCCCCUCUGUCAUUAACUCCUCAGUGACUUUGAAAAUUUCCUCUGUUCCUGUGAUGAUUUCUUUCCAGUAAUAUCAUGAGAUGUUAUGCCUGGGAUAUCAAUAGCCUUUAAAAAUAGAUAAGUUAUAAACCAAAGUUGUCUUUUCCAAUCCCCACCAGCCAAGAUGUUUAGGUAGUGUUAAUUUUUUUCUUAUUUAAACAACUACUGAUUAUUUGUUAACUUUCACCUUACAGAAAGCUCUCCAGGAAAAAA